CCGCAACUCAGCCCGCUGUGUAACGUGCCGGCUGCGCAAGGUCAAAUGCUCAGGGGGCGCUGCACCAUGCCACAAUUGCCGUCGCCUGCGACUGAACUGCACCUUUCCGCGCCCAGGCGAUGGCAUCAUGCGCACAAUGGCCUUGGGCACGCCGACUGAAGCUCUCACCGAGGCGGGCACAGCACGCCGUCGCAUCACGGCCGCCUGCCACGGGUGCCGUGCACGCAAGAGUCGGUGUGAUGGCCAGCGGCCGCGGUGCCAGCGGUGCCAGCAAAGUAACAGCGGGUGCAUGUAUCCAGAGGAAAACUCGCGGCCAUGGCAUCGCGAGCACCACCAGCCCAUGAUCCAGAGCGCUGCCCCCCUGGUCGGCCAAGCUGAACUCGCCACGGCGCCAACGUCGUCGCCCCCUGCUCUUGAUCCGCUGGCGGCGCACCAAACACCGUCGGUGGACGUCUGUCGAGACCGCAGGUUCCUCAGCAGGGACGUCUUGUCGCAGCAUAUCGAGGCUUAUUUCGUCUACAUCUAUCAUAUACCUGGGUACAACUUCUUCCACCGCCCCUCGUUGCUCGAGGACUUGUACCAUGACAGGAUCCCGUCCAUCUUGAGCACGGCCAUCUGCGCCAUUGUAUCUGGAUACCUGAACCGCUCGAGAGCAGGCAAGCAGUUGUCUGUGGAAUGGGCCACAGACGUCGAUUCGUACCUUUCCACCAACAUGAAUAAUCUUACCCUGCUCAAUCUCCAGCUCAUGGUGCUCUCGCUGUACCAACACCUUUCCUAUCGCCAGUUUGGCAGGAGUUGGCUGAUACUGGGUACGGCGACCAGAUUGGCGCUUGGCAUCCAGCUCAACAAAGAGAGUCGGCUUGCUCCGGAGAGCGAGGGUAUUGCUUUGCGGGAAUGCCAGAGAAGGCUAGCGUGGGGUAUAUUCAUACAGGACAAGUUACACUCGGGUGGUAUUGACGAGUUUGUGGCCAUGCCUGCGCGCUGGAUGCAGAUUUCGCUGCCGCUGGAAGAGGACGACUUUCUUCGCGAGCGCAGUCGCCAACCCGUCUUUUUGAGCGAUGAUCCCGGACAUGUACCUCAAGAAGGCCUUGGCAUCAGUGCAUAUACUGUCGUGUUGAUGCAGCUGCGGCAUGAGAUUCUGCAAUCUUCGUCCUCAUCUCAGAUUGGUGAUGCAGCAAUGAUUGCAUCUCUGGUCUCAUUAGAGACGCGUAUGCAGCGCUUCUAUGCGGCUUUGCCUGCUCACCUCCGUCUGACUGACCGCAAUCUUUUCGCAUACUCUUCCAGCUCCAGAUUGAUUGCCUUCAUCUCCUUGAAUACCUGGUACUUGCAGGCCUGCUGUGACCUAUUCCGCAUAUGCCUACCGGGAAUG